AGAGGAGCACUGAAAUUUACAGAUUGUGGAACUUUUGCCGGGAUUUUUGUUACGAUUUUUCUGCUUUAAUCGAGCGAAGAUGCUGGAAUUGCCGCAAUGAGGAUAUUUCUGAGCAUCGUCUUGCUAGUUAGCUCUCUUAAAGGAUACCUGUUCCUAACAACCCCUAAUUCCUGCCACUGCAAACACAAUGAGUUCACAUGCCCACCUAAGGUGACAGGAGAUUGUAUCUGCAUCCCACCUCAGUGGAGGUGCGAUGGUGAUGACGAUUGUGGGGACGGGGCGGACGAAGUCGGUUGCACUUUACCGACGUGUUCUGCCGACCAAUUUGAAUGCGGGAAUGCAAAGUGCAUACCAGUGAGCUGGGUUUGUGACACGGACAACGACUGCGGAGACGUGUCUGAUGAAACAAAUUGUCCUACGGAGGAGUGUGAAGGGAAGAGUAAGUUUCAAUGUGCAAAUAAUAAGUGUAUCAGGCAGAGAUGGGUUUGCGACGGAGAAGACGACUGCGGGGAUGGAUCAGAUGAAAUAUGUCCUGCCCAGUCAUGUAAGACAUCAGAGUUUUCUUGCCUAGCUGGUGGAUGUGUGGCCAGCUCCUGGACCUGUGAUGGGGAUAUAGACUGUCCGGACGGAUCCGACGAAACAUCAUGCCCGGAUAGCGUAGUGCCGUGCAGCCAUGGGCAGUUCUUGUGUCAGACAGGUAACUGUAUUCUAAAGGAUUAUGUCUGCGAUGGUGACAAUGAUUGCGCCGAUUCCAGUGAUGAAGCAAAUUGUGGGGGUCAUAAUAUGACGUGCACAGAUGAUAAGUUUCGCUGUGGGGACGAUACGUGUAUUAACGGCCGGUGGAGAUGUGACGGAGACUAUGAUUGUGAAGACCUGUCGGAUGAACUUGAAUGUCCCGAGCAUACCUGCUCCCCUGACCAGUUCCAGUGCAUUACAGGAAGAUGUAUAAAAGGAGCAUGGAGGUGUGACGGGGAACCAGACUGCUCUGAUAACAGCGAUGAGGAAGAUUGUCCCAACUCUAGAGUGUGCGGCAAUGACCAGUUCCAAUGCAAGAAUCGCCAGUGUAUAGGUAUGUCUAAAGUCUGCAACGGUAAUGAUGAUUGCGGGGACAGCAGUGAUGAAAGACCGGUUCAGCCAUGCUAUUCUGACGAUUUGACCAGACAGUCCUGUGGCUCGGACAACGGCGGGUGCGAUCAGAUCUGCACUGGCUUAAGCCCUGGGGUGCGAUGCUCCUGUAACCAUGGUUACCUGAUUGGUGGAGAUGGUAAAGAGUGCGUAGAUGUGAAUGAAUGCGAAGAAGCAGAUGAGGGUAUUUGUAGUCAGGUUUGCGUCAACACCGUAGGGUCGUACGAAUGUUCAUGUAUCGCUGGAUACGAACUCCGGCUGGACGGCACAACCUGUAAGGCACAAGGUCCGGAACCCUACCUCCUAUUUGCCAAUCGCAUUGAUAUCCGUCGACUGGAACCAAGCAACUUCCACUACACUCCAAUCUUAAGGGAUUUAGAGAACGCCAUCGCGCUGGAUUACCUGAUUGGAGAGGAGCUGGUCUUCUGGUCUGAUGUUACGCUAGAUAGUAUCAAGAGGGUCUAUCUCAACGGGACGGGGGUACGAAGCGUGAUUACGACGGGGCUCGAAAGUCCAGGUGGUAUUGCUGUUGAUUGGAUCGGAAGGAAGUUAUACUGGACCGAUUCCGGGACAUCCAGAAUUGAAGUCAGCAAUCUAGAUGGAUCCCAACGCUCUGUGCUGAUCUGGGAAGAUAUGGAGAAGCCAAGGGCGUUUGCUGUGCAUCCAGAACAAGGGUUGAUGUUUUGGACAGACUGGGGAAGCACCCCGAAGAUCGAGUCAGCCGGGAUGGACGGUAGCUCUCGCCGGAUCAUCGCUAACACCAACCUCUUCUGGCCGAACGGACUGACCAUUGACUACACUACGCAGAAGGUCUACUGGGUUGACGCUAAACAUCAUGUCAUUGAGAGCGCAAACUUGAACGGGUCACAAAGGAAAGCUAUCAUCAAUCAAGGUCUGCCUCACCCUUUUGCCAUCACGCUGUUCGAGGACUCCAUCUACUGGACGGACUGGCACACAAAGAGCAUCAACAGCGCCAACAAAUUCACCGGCACCGGAAUCGAGAUGAUCCAGAGCCAGUUGCACUUCCCGAUGGAUAUCCACUCGUUCCACCCCCAGCGGCAACCAGAUGUCAUCAACAAGUGUGGUGAUAACAAUGGAGGCUGCAGUCAUCUGUGUCUGCCCAACCUGGUCAGCUACAGCUGUGCCUGCCCCACAGGCUUUAAGCUUUAUAAUGACUCUACGUGUGCUGAAGAAAUCAACACUUUCCUGUUGUUUGCCGGAAGCGAUUACAUCCGUCGAGUCUCCUUCGAUACGGAUGACUUCACUGAUGUCGUCAUUCCUCUGGAGAAUCUUAACAGCGCCGUCGCUCUGGACUGGGACGACCAGGAGGAGUUGAUCUUCUGGACCGACGUCGUUGACGACACAAUAAACAGAGCCAAAUGGGACGGCUCUGAACAAGAGUUAAUCAUUGAUGUAAGCUUGGAGAGUCCGGCUGGCUUAGCCGUGGACUGGGUGACUAAGAAACUCUACUGGACUGAAGCCGGAAUGGAUAGAAUUGAGAUAGCAAACUAUGAUGGAAGCGAUCGAAGUAUAUUACUCUGGGAAGACCUGGACAGGCCUAGGGACAUCUUAGUAGACCCAAUAUCAAGGUAUAUGUUUUGGACGGACUGGGGCUCAAAUCCAAAGAUAGAACGUGCCGGGAUGGACGGGUCAAGUCGUGUGGCCAUAGUUUAUCAAGACCUUGUGUGGCCAAACGGCCUCGCCCUCGACUAUGAACUACGAAGACUGUACUGGACCGACGCUGGCGCCAAGAAAAUUGAGUUUGCAAACAUAGAUGGCAGUGGGCGACAGACCCUAAUUGACGAACAGAUCCCCCACCCCUUUGGUCUGACAGUCUUCCAGGAUCGGAUUUACUGGACGGACUGGCAGUCAUUGUCUAUCGAGAGCGCGGACAAACUGACCGGUGAAUCUCGGUCCACGAUGACCGAUGGUCUUGAAGACUUGAUGGAUAUACACGUCUAUAGUAGACACAGGCAGAGAGUGAGCUCUCCGUGCCUUAUGAACAACGGAGGCUGUAGUCACAUUUGUCUGAUGUCUCCCAACCCCCGAGGGUACACCUGCGCCUGUACAGUCGGUAUUACCCUCAAGUUUGACGGACACACUUGUGAAACAGGCAUGAAUGAGUUUCUGAUGGUAGCUCGUCGUACCGACCUUCGUCAGAUCUCUCUUGAUGUCCCAUACUACGCCGAUGUCCAGAUCCUACCCGAUAACAUCCAAAAGGCAAUCGCAGUGGACGUUGAUGUCAUAGAAAAAAAAAUCUACUGGGCCGGGAUCACGGAGAAGACAAUCAGCCGUUCGAACCUCGACGGUAGCAACUCCGAAGUCAUCAUCGACUCCAACCUCGUCGUUACGGAUGGACUCCGUGUCGAUUCCGUCGGCAGGAAGAUCUACUGGACAGAUACCGGGAAGAGAUGGAUCGAGGCGAGCGACCUUGACGGGGAGAAUAGGAAAGUCCUGAUCUGGGAGAAUAUUGAUAAGCCGAGGGCAUUGGCGCUCGACCAUCAAGAUGGGUACAUGUACUGGACUGACUGGGGUGAGGUGCCGCUGAUCGCCAGGGCCUGGACGGACGGUCAGAACAGCGAGGUCCUGAUUGAUCGAGACAUCACGUGGCCGAACGGACUGACCAUCGACUACGAGGAACGCACAUUGUUCUGGUGUGAUGGCAGCUUGAAUCAUCAGCUCAUUGCGUCUUCAAAUUUAGACGGCACAAACCGACAGACCCUCGUUACCAAGGACGUUAUCCAUCCCUACGGCUUGACGCAAGCGGGAGACUAUAUCUUCUGGACUGAUUGGCAGGUGGAUUCGAUUCGCCGAGCCGACAAACGCACCGGGAACAACGUGAUUAGUAUCCGGGAAAACCUGCCUGACUUGAUGGAUAUCAUUGCCGUGGAUAUUAAUAAGAGAGGUGUGAAUCGGUGUGGUGACGAUAACGGGGGCUGCAGCCACCUCUGUUUGCCAAACCCAAUGGGGUAUUCAUGCGCCUGCCCAACUGGAAUCAACUUAAAGCCUGAUCACGUCACUUGUGUCUCCAAUGUUCCAUCAACGUUCUUACUAUUUGCAACAAGUAAAAAUCUGCGCCGUAUCUCCAUGGAUACGGAUGAACACAUUGACGUCAUUUUGCCUAUCCGUGAGGACAUCGAGAACGCAGUGGCUCUAGAUUUUGACAGUGUGGAGCAACGCAUCUACUAUACCGAUGUCUUCUUAAACGUCAUCAGGAGAGUGGACUAUGAUGGAAGCAAUAGUGAAACGAUCGUCUCAACGAGUCUCGGAACUACAGAAGGUCUGGCAGUUGACUGGAUCGGACGGAACUUGUACUGGACGGAUACCGGUCGGAAUAAGAUCGAGGUGUCGCGACUAGACGGGUCAUCUCGUAAGGUCAUCAUCGAUACCAAUUUGGACGAGCCGAGAGCCAUUGUUGUGUACCCAAGAAAAGGGUAUAUCUUCUGGACCGAUUGGGGGACCUAUCCUAAAAUAGAGCGUGCCUACUUCGACGGGACGAACCGUCGCACGCUCAUCAGCGAGGACCUGAAAUGGCCAAACGGUCUGACGAUAGACUACGAAACUAAGCGACUGUACUGGGCGGACGCUCAUCUGGACAAACUAGAGACUGCCGACUUCAACGGAGAGUAUCGUAGCGUGUUGACGAGGAAUAUGACGCAUUCAUACGGAGUGACGCUGUAUUUAAAUCGGAUUUACUGGACUGAUUGGCAGACGUCAACCAUAGAAUCCGUUGAUAAGACAACGGGACAAGACAAACAAUCGCUGCCAGGUUCCUUCCGAGGGAUGAAUAUUCAGAUGGUGACUCCGGCCAGACAAACAGGACUGAACCCUUGCGCCAUCGGUAACGGAGGAUGUAGCCAUCUAUGCCUCGCCCGCCCUCAAGGGCAUGUAUGCGCCUGCCCCGACGAGCAGUACAGAGACGCAAGAGAAUGUUCUCUAAGGCCAGGCGGACCAAUAAUUCCUCCAUCACCAACACCUCGUAUUCCUAUCGUUCAUGUAAACGGGACCAUCUCUCCCAAUGAUGUUCCCCUGUCGACGAAAGAGGCUACCAAUGAACCAUCUAAGCAUCCCAACGAUAUCCCAGACAACCCGGGAAUGACAACAACAUUCAGUAACGAAAUACCAAGGUGUUCACUGGAAGAUCAACAACUUGGUUUGUGUCAAGGGACAUACGGCGAUCAAAUCACGGGACAGUUAGCGCCAGACACAAGUUCCUACAUCUUCGUCGUCGUUGGAAUCCUACUCCUUUUGUUUCUCGUUUUACUCCUUAUCGUAUUUGUGGUGUGGAGGAGAUACCAGAAGCGUCAGGUAUGCCGCGCUGAUCCUAUCGUGACCUUCUCAAAUCCGAGGUUUAAUCACAUCACAAACGAAAUCACGAUCUUACCAAAGACGCAACCGUGCUCAUGGAAGUACUACUCAAAGCCACAGAGUAGAAUCUCCCAGGCCAACCUUGUCGUCAAACUGAACAACGAAGAGGUGGCAAAGAUGCUACCUCCUCCGCAGCCCGGCGGCGAGCUACCUUUAAAAAGAGACAACGGCAAGCAAGAUUGCAAACCACUCAACGUCGCCACCAGUUGCCAAGACGACGAUACAGCGGGGGCUUGUGGGUAUUCUUACUCAUCGUCAACUCUGGGAACAAUGUGCUAGCUGAUGAUGCAAACUUUUAGAGUUCAGACUUACGUUGCCGGGUUUAGGUGGGCAUUUAUAUUUGUGGACUUAAGAAGGCUAACACCCCAAAAUUCUCUCUGCUUUUGCUUGUGGAUGUUUUUGUGGACGAGGGCGGCUAGAUGAUUAUGCAAACUUUUAGAAUACAGACAUGACAGCAAUACAGUUUUCACUCCGAUGAAGGAAGUCUAUAUUUGCGGACUUAAGACGGCUAACCCGAAAGCCUAUCCAGAUCCUACAACAGUUCUUGCUUAUAGGUUUUUCUGUGGAUGAGGGCUACUAGCUGACGAUGCAAACUUUUCAAAGUCGAACAUGACAGCAAUGCCGGUCUCACUCAUAAGGUGAGAAUUUAUUCUCGGGACUUACAUUUUGUAAGACGUCUAACCCUAAAGCCACUUCCGAUCAUACAUGUACAACAGUGUUUGCUUGUGUUUCAUUGGAUGAGGAUUGCGCAGCCAGUCGGCCGAAGCCAGCACAGUUUUAAUGUCAGACCUGGCUGCCAUCAGAGUUUGGGGUGCUGAGGGGGAAUGAGUUGACAAAGGUCGAGAAACUGUUCCAGCAUUUAUCCUCCCGUGAACUAGUUUAGGUUUACGACUGUUUCGUAUCAUUGAUGAUCAAAAUGUUUUUAAGGUUUGACCGUUGACCCAUCCUCGCUUUGUGUCUACUUCGCAGCUCUAUGAAACUUGUCCCAGGUUGCUUCCAGUUACUUUGAGUUCAACACUGCAGGACAGUGCGUUUUUUUUUUAAACGCUCCAUUUUUCAAUUCAUCUCCGAGCCCAUUGCUGGAUAAAAUCAGGCCUGUAUGCUUCGUUUUUUGAAAGAACAAGGGCUGCCAGGCAUUUUCUUCUCAUUAAAGGGCACCCUAUGAGGGAGUUGUAAAUUUCUACUGGAGCAUUUCAAGGGGACCAAGCCAAUGACCAGGGACAUGGAAGGAAUUGCGUUUGUUGUUCUUUGAAGUAUAAGCCUGGACGCCAUGUUCUCUGACGAAUCUGCAUUUUUACCAACUCUGUUACCCCGGUAACCGCAUCAUCCGUAUUUUUGUUGUUAUUUUUUUUAUUUUGUGUGUGUAUAUAAUUCUUAUAUUCAUUUUUAUGGUCCAGAGUUUUUAUAUAUAUUUUGUAAUUAUAAAUGAAAGAAUUGCCUGAUAUUUCAGAUACAGGCGUGACAAGAUAAGGCCAAAUAAAAUAUAAAACAUGUUUAGCGUCCUCCCUUUUCACGAAAAAAGAAAGAGCCGGGCCUUUUUUUCUUAUUCAUUUUUUCCAAAAAGGCCUUCCGACAAUUGUUUGUAUACAAACGGCUGCUCAUUUGUCAAAAAUGUUUUUUUCUUUGCUGAGAUUAUUUUUUUUUUUUGUUAAGGAGGCGGUCUUCAAAAAGGAAGCAAGUGGGGACGCUCAACAUGUCUUUAUUAUAUUUGGCCUAAAUAUUGAAAAUUUUGUAACCACUGCCUCUUAGAAUUUAAUAAACUAAUAGGCAUAGAUGUUUGUCUGUAUAUAUUAAUGAAGGAUUGACGAAAAUAAAAUGUGUAUUUUAACAAAGUUUGAGAAACAUUUUCAGUUAUCAAUAAUGUGACCUGCUUUACUAAACUACUUCUAAGUCGUCAAUAAUGAAUGUCUGAUCGAUUUUCAGUUAUUUAUCAAAACAAGAAAAUAUUUUAAACCAAAGAAUCAGUACUUUGGGGCAUUGAUCCGUUGCUGAUAUUGAUAAUCAAUUGAUAAGUCAUUAACUGAAGGUACAUAUAUUUGUUCAUGACUUAUUGAUAAUUUAAUGGUCUUAUAUAUAUUUUUUGUAUUGGUUAUCAGUUUUUACUGAUACCAAAAAUAACAUAUCAAGUUUUGACAAAUGAUUGAUUAAUGGUACUAUUUAUUUUAAUUUGAUUAAUCACAGCUCAAAGUAUUCAUUAUAAAGUGUACCUUUUUUCAUCCAGUACUUGACAUAUUUUUUAUUAAAUAUUUUUGAAUCCUAGUCACAAAUUUCUGCAAAAGUUUUAUUUAGAAUUUUAACUGAAUUUAAAGAAUUUCAACAUGGUGUCCGAGUAGAAUAAAUAGAAAAUCGCAAACUCGUUUUUGGAGCAGCUGAUGACCCCAAACAAACCUGUAUAACUACUGACAAAAACAAAUUAAAUUUCUUUUAAUAUUUCAUUCUUCUAUCUAUAGAAGGCUUGUAGAAUUUAACAAUCUUUUAAGUUUUGACAAAUUUCUUUUAAUCAAGAGCAUAGUUAUUUGAUACCAGGAAAAAUGGCAUCGGCUUUUUUUCUGAAGAUGUUUUUCAAUUGUUCAUAGUCUUUUUCACUUUUGCUGAGAAUUUGUAAAUUAUAUGUAGUUUUUUUCUAGCCAUUAUCUUGUAAAAAUAGAUUUUGAUAUCAUUUAAAAUUAUAUUGAACUGUCUGUACAGUUUUUGAGAAAUGUC